AUGGCUGACUCCGAUGGCGAGUACGUCGCCGACGACAUGUCGGACGACGACAUCAUGGACCACCGCGUCACUGACGACGACCCUAAAGGCGCCGGGGGGAAGUCUUCGCGACCGCAUAAGAAGGAUCGUAACGCGACCCGGGCCUGGGAAAAGUCGAAGCGCACCUGGGAGACGAACCUCCCCGAGGAGGACCAGGACGGGCUACUGAGCCUGACGGCCCUCGAGGCCGAGAAACGCAAGCGCCUGCUCCGCGACACGACACCGCUGCAGAGAGGCAUCAUCCGGCACCUGGUGCUCGUGCUCGACAUGUCGUUCGCCAUGGCGGAAAAGGAUCUGCUGCCUACGCGGUACCGCCUCACGCUGAGGUACGCCGCCGCCUUUGUCCGCGAGUUCUUUGAGCAGAACCCUAUAUCUCAGCUUGGAAUCAUUGGCAUGCGCGACGGUGUUGCGGUGAGGAUUAGUGAUGUUGGGGGGAACCCGGCUGAGCACCUGGAGCGGUUGAAGGGCUUGGAGGAUCAGGACCCUCAGGGCAACCCGAGUCUGCAGAACGCUCUGGAGAUGUGCCGGGGAGCUCUAUUCCACGCGCCAUCACAUGGCACUCGAGAGGUGCUUAUCAUUUACGGCGCCCUACUAUCGAGCGACCCGGGCGACAUCCACGAGACGGUUGGCAACCUCAUUACGGACCGGAUACGUGUGUCCAUCGUCGGACUGUCAGCACAGGUGGCCAUCUGCGCUGACCUCUGCUCGAGGACAAAUGCCGGCGACGAGUCGCAGUAUAAUGUGGCCAUGGACGAGGUGCACUUCCGUGAGCUCUUCCUCGCCGCCACCACGCCCCCGGUCACUCGGACCGCUGAGCAGAGCACGGCAAGCUUACUCAUGAUGGGCUUCCCGUCCCGUACACUCGUGGCCGGUGGCGAUACAAGCUACUGCGCCUGUCAUAACCGACCCUUCCGCGAGGGCUACCUAUGCACACGCUGUUCCGCCCGCGUCUGUCGCCUCCCCGCCGAGUGUCCUGCCUGCGGGCUCACCUUGAUUCUUUCCACCCAUCUCGCUCGCUCUUACCACCACCUGUUCCCUCUACGAAACUGGGUCGAGGUUCCUUGGGCUGACGCCGCCCGCUCCGCAGCCUGCUUCUCCUGCCAGGCGCCAUUUCCUGAACCGCCAAAGACAAAGGCCCCUGAUAAGCCUAAGGAGGAUGCGGGACCCAAACCGGCAAAAGGCGUCAGCGAGAGCGGCCGCUACGCGUGUGAGGUGUGCCGGCAGCACUUUUGCAUCGACUGCGAUGUGUUUGCCCACGAAGUCAUCCACAACUGCCCGGGCUGCCAGAGUAUAGUCCAAAAGAUGGAUGGUCCCGUUUCGGCUGAGCCGAACGGUACGGCGCACAGCAACGGCGAUGUAGUCAUGACAUAG